AUGCGGACCCACCCCUACUCUACUUUUGUGGACCUGACGAAAGCCCUCAACGCGGUGAAUCGCGAAGGAUUGUGCAAAGCCAUUCAGAAAUUCGACUGUCCCAAACAAUUCACUCAGAUGGUUCGUCAGCUGCAUGACGGUAUGAUGGCGCGAAUCGCGGACAAUGGACCUGUCUCAGAGGCACUCGCAGUGAUCAACAGAACGAAGAAGGACUGCGUCAUCGCGCCUACUCUCUUCAGUCUCAUGUCCUCUACCAUGCUGAUGUGCAUCUACCGUGACGAACGUCCUGGAGUCCUCGUCGCCUACAGAACGGGCGGCCACCUCCUCAAUCAACGGCGGACCCACUUCCGGUCGCGCGUUUCCUCAACUACCGCCCAUCAACUUCUCCUCACCUACGAUUGCGCUCUCUACGUCACCUCGGAAGGCGAGAUGAAAAGGAGCAUGGAAGUCUUUGUCGCCGAUGCCGCCUGUGACAAUUUCGGUCUGGUCAUCAACACAAAGGAGACGGCGGUUAUACAUCAACCGCAAUCCGAUAAUGCCUACGUCCCAAGUCAAAUCAACGUGAACUGCACCCAACUGCAAGCCGUGGACAAAUUCGCAUAUCUAGGCAGCACUCUCUCUCUCGCAACACCAAAAUGGACUAUGAAGUGUCCCGCCGGAUCUCCAAAGCCAGGCAAACUUUUGCCUUUCUGUAAAACACCGUUUGGAAUCGACACGAUCUCCACCUCAGCACCAAACUGA